AUGGGCUAUGUGAAUCCACAGGAAAGGUACCAGAGAGAACCUGAAAGAGAUAAUUUAAAUACAAGAAACAGUACAGCAAGUGAUAGAGAUGAAAUAUUAAAUAGGUCAAAUCCAACACAUGACAGAUCAAGCUUAGACUUAAGUUUAGAAACAGAAGUCCUAGAGGAAAGACUAAGAGACUUACGAGGAGAGUCAGAGACAAGAUAUCAUAGCCAAAUGAGUCAGAGUGCAUCAGUGACACAACAGAAAUAUCCUAUUGAAAGGAAUGCAGGAAGGAGAAUGACUGAAAAUAGACACAGUUAUAUGCCACAGUAUGAAGCUACAGAAAUCCACCAUACGUAUAAGCAAAUGCCUGAAGGGAAACAUAAAGUAGACACUAACACGUUAGAUAAUAGAUCAGAAAGUAAGAGACAUUCGAUUGGACAGGGACUAGUAACUACACAUGAAAGGCAACAGGACAUAGAUGAUCUUGAAUUCUUAGAUAGAAAAAUGGAUGAGAUAGCAUUACUACCAAUUGAAACAAAGGUUAGAGGAGAACUUGGAAGUAAUGUUAAAAAUGAAGAGACAAUACAAGAAAGUUAUAAAGAGAAUGUGAUUGCAAAGUCAGUGAAUAGAGAAAUUACAGAGAUAGAAAGGCGAAAGGCUGAAUUGAGAGAUCUUAUUGAAAUAGAAGAUCAAAAGUACAAACAGAUUCUUCAAGAAGAAAAGAAGCGCAUGAUUGAAUUAGACAGACAAAGAAUGAUGUUAGACGAAUUAGUAAAGAGAGAAAAUGUUAUGAGGGAAAGAGAAAUGAAGCUUCAAAAAGAGGAAAGAAACAUUGAUAUGAGAUAUGAAAGGCUUAGGAUAGCUGAAGAGAAAAAGAAAAGAGAGGAUGAAAAUAGUAAAGAGAUAGCUAGAAUAGAAAGUGAAUUUAGAAGAAGAAAUGAGGAAUUAACAAAACGAGAGGCACAUUUACGAAAGGAGGAGGAGUUAUGGUCCAGAUAUGAGAAAACUAGUAGUCAUGAGAGACCUGAAAAGGAAGUCAAGAAAGAAAAGGUCAUAAAGCCAAACAUCGACAAGGAAAACAAAGAGAAGACACAUGCUGAAACAAACAAAGAAGACAAAGAUGAAAGGAAGAUUGUCAGAGAAACUAUUAUACAGAUUAAACCAGAAAUAAGUCACUUUUCAGGAUACGAGCCUAAACCAAAAGACGAAGUUACCUUAGAAGAAUGGAAAACAGAAAUUAAAUGUCUAUGUGUAACAAAGUUAUAUCAUGAAAAUAUCAUCGCACAAUCUGUAAGACAAUCGCUAAAGGGACAAGCCAGGAAAGUUCUCAUAAAUAUACCUCCAACAGCAACUCCUGAAGAAAUAAUCGGCAAGAUGGAAGAUAUUUUUGGCGAUAUGUCUAGUAAACAGACAAUCUUUACCCAGUUUUAUACAGCAGAGCAACAACCUAACGAGAGUAUCGUUGAAUGGGGACUAAGACUGGAAGAAAUGCUACAUCUAAUAGAAGCUAAAAGAAGUCUGACUAUAGAUGAGAGAAAUGAAAUGCUAAGAGACAAGUUUUGGAGGUCCUUACAGAGCAAAGAGUUGAAAAAUGCAACUAGACAUGCAUUUGAGAGUGGUGAAAAGUUUGAAGUUCUGAGAAGAAAAGCAAGAGCCGAGGAACAUGAGAUGAAGUUAGACAGAACAAACACAAACACAACUACGUCAAAGAAGGAAGAACAACUGAAAGCAGAAGAUAAACACACAGAGAUGUUACAAAGUAUGAUGAAAAAGAUGGAGGAACUUGAUUCAAAAAUCGAGGAAUACAGAAAAGAAAGUCAAAGGAGAGAUUCACGUUCUGAUUACAGAUACAAUAGAGGAGAUAGACGAGAAUAUCAACCAAGAGAUUACAAUAGAUAUGACGAUUCCAGGUACAACCGCAGUAGACAUUUUGAUAGUAGAAACCAUAGACCAACUGGGUACAACAAAGACAUCGACAAAAAGAAAGAGGAUAAGGAUGACACAAAGGACAAACGAAACAACAAAGCCGAAAACAAUAAACAGAAGAAUUUAAACUAA